UAUUAUUUUUUUUUUAUAUUAUUAUUUUUUAUACUAAUUGAAAUAAAAAAAAAAAAAAUGACCCAGUGUAUGUUGGCAUAAACACAAUAUUAUUUAGUAAACAAAUAGAUAAAUUAAAAAAUAAUAAAUAAACAAUUGUUGUGUAUUAAAUAAAUAGAAUAAAAAAAAAUAAAAAAAUUACUUGUUCAUAAUAAUAUAUGAAAUAAACAAUAUAUUGUCGAGGGAAAAAAAAUUUGAUGGUUAGCUUUGUUAUGAAUAGAAAAGACAGUUGAGAAUAUAUUGUUGUUGUUGUUGUUGUUGAUAUAAAAAAAUAUAAAUGUAGAUAUAAUUUAUAUUAUGAUUGUGCUAAUCUGUGAUGAUAAUUAUUAUUGUGUUGAUGAUGUUGAUAAUGUCGAGUUACAAUUGUUUUGUUGGUGCUGAUUACAGGCAUGUUUAAAAAUCAUGGCGUCAAAAGAAACCGCUCAUUUAUUAACAAUUGUUUUUUUUGUGUAAUAAAAUAUGAUUAAUUAGUUUAUAUUAAUUGUGAUAAAUGAAGAUGAAAAGAAAUAAAAUCGAUAUGAUAAAUGCAACAGUUGAAUCUUACUUGAAACGUCGUCGUUAUCAGGAAAUUGAUUUGUUUAGAAAAAAUGAACGUAUUGGUAGUAGAACAAGUGAAGAAAUGACAUUAACUGCUAAAGCUGAGAGUGCAACUGCUAGAGAUAAUUCAAUAAUAUUUACAGCAAUAACAAAUGAUGUUGUUGCUGCUGAUCAAGCUUACCAAAGGUUAAAAAAUUGGAUAAAUUCAAUGAAUGAUGAAAAGCUUAAAAUUCAAUUUCAAAGUUUACUAUAUCCAGUAUUUUGUCAUCUUUAUUUAGAAAUGUUACAUGCUGGUAAUCCUCAAGCAGCAAUACAAUUUUUAAAAUCAUAUCAAAAUGAUUUUUUAACAGAUACAGAACGUGAUUUUAUUGAAGAAUUAUCAAGUGUAUUUUCAAUUCAAGAUAUUGAACUAAGACCACUUGUUAAUGCAUUUAGAACACGUAAAUAUAAAGUUGAUAUGUCUGAUGAUGCACAUUUAUGUUUACAAAAAUAUUUAACAAAACAUGGACAUAUUAUUAUUAUACAAAUUAUAAAUAUACAUAUAACAAUUAUUAAAAAAAUUGAUAUUAAUCCAAUUGAUGAUGAUAAUUGUGAUAAAAAUAUUCGUAAUGAUUUAUUUAUCAAUGGACAUGUUGAACAAGUAUCUGGUACUGGUGUUGAUCGUGAAAUGCGUGAAUUACAAGAAGCAAUUAGAUUGAUUAGAAAUAAUUCCUAUCAACCAUUAAGAGUAUUUACUGUUAAUAAUGCAACUGAAAAUGCUAGUUGUGCAAAAAUAACACCAAAUAUGGAUAAAUUAAUAGCUGGUUUUAGUACAUCUGAAAUACGUAUUUGGGGUAUAGGUGACACAGUUUUAAUGAAUCCAAAAUUACGUGCAUGUUCAAUAAAAUUAUCAUGUGAUUUACCAACAACAAGUAGAUCAUCAACAUAUGAUGAUAAUAUUAUUACUACUACUCAUGAUGAUGAUGAUGAUGCUGCUGCUGCUGCUGAUACUGAUAAUGAUAAUGAUAAUGAUAAUGAAACUGAAGAAUCUGGUGCAAUUAUAUUACGUGGUCAUACUGAUAUUAUUCAUGAUAUGAAAUUUAUUGCUGAUUCAGAAGUUUUAAUUUCAGUAUCAAGUGAUAAAGAUAUGAGAGCUUGGCGUUUAAAUGAUUAUUCUUGUGCAGCUGUUUACAAUGGUCACAACUAUCCAAUUUGGUGUAUGGAUACUAGUGUAUUUGAUUUAUAUAUUGCGACUGGAUCACAUGAUAAAACAGCCAAGUUAUGGUCACUGGAUAGAAAAUUUCCACUUAGAGUAUUUGCUGGACAUUUUUUGGAUGUUAAUUGUAUUAAAUUUCAUCCAAAUGCUCGUUAUUUGGCAACUGGUUCAGCUGAUAAAUCAAUUAGAUUAUGGAAUAAAGAUGAUGGUAAUAUGUUAAGAGUUUAUGUUGGUGCACAAUCAACAAUUUAUAGUUUAGCAUUUAGUCCUGAUGGAAAAUAUUUGGCAGCAGCUGGUGAUGACAAAUCAAUAUCAAUAUGGGAUUUAUCAACAAAUGCUAUUUUAACUGAGCUCAAAGGGCAUCAAGAUACUGUUAUGAAUUUAGACUGGAGUCAUGAUGGACAAUAUAUUGCAAGUGCUAGUAUUGAUGGUGUUGUUAGAUUAUGGUCAUCACAAAAAUACAUCAACAGUGGUGGCAUUACAAAUUCAACUGGCGAUGUAGAAAUUCCCCAAGUGUUUACAACAAAUUGCUCAAGUAUCUUGUCUCUUCAAUAUCACAAAAAAAAUAAUUCUCUUGUGUGUAUAGGAACAGUGUAG